AUGGCGGAUCAACACGACGUUGAUUUAGACUCUAUCAUCGACCGCCUCCUGGAGGUGCGUGGCAGCAGACCUGGCAAGCAGGUCCAACUUUUGGAAACCGAGAUCCGAUAUCUCUGCACAAAGGCUAGGGAGAUCUUCAUCAGCCAGCCAAUCUUACUGGAGCUAGAAGCUCCUAUCAAGAUCUGCGGUGAUAUUCACGGACAAUACUACGAUCUCCUACGCCUUUUCGAAUACGGCGGCUUCCCUCCUGAGGCGAAUUACCUCUUCCUAGGUGACUACGUAGAUCGUGGCAAGCAGUCUCUGGAGACCAUCUGCCUUCUCCUCGCCUACAAGAUCAAGUACCCCGAGAACUUCUUCAUCCUAAGGGGUAACCACGAGUGUGCUUCUAUCAACCGUAUCUACGGUUUCUACGACGAGUGCAAGCGCCGCUAUAACAUCAAGCUAUGGAAGACAUUCACAGAUUGCUUCAACUGUCUACCAAUUGCUGCGAUCAUUGACGAGAAGAUCUUUACGAUGCAUGGUGGUCUUAGUCCUGAUCUCAACUCGAUGGAGCAGAUUCGACGAGUGAUGCGACCAACAGACAUACCGGAUUGCGGUCUUCUUUGCGACCUGUUAUGGUCUGACCCUGACAAGGAUAUCACCGGCUGGAGCGAGAACGAUCGUGGCGUAUCCUUUACUUUUGGUCCUGACGUUGUUUCCCGAUUCUUGCAAAAGCACGACAUGGAUUUGAUUUGCCGAGCCCACCAGGUCGUUGAAGACGGGUACGAAUUCUUUUCUAAGCGCCAAUUAGUUACCCUAUUCAGCGCGCCCAACUACUGCGGAGAGUUCGACAAUGCUGGAGCUAUGAUGAGUGUCGACGAGAGUCUAUUAUGUUCCUUCCAGAUUCUCAAGCCUGCUGAGAAGAAACAAAAGUACGUCCAUGGCGGCCUCGGAGGCAGCGGUUUCGCAUCUCCAAGAAAGCAAUCCAAGUCCUAA